AUGGCGCUGCCUCAGGAGCCGGUCACAUGCAAGCGGCCCAAUUUCCUUAUCAUCGUGGCCGACGACUUGGGGUUCUCGGAUGUUGGCGCAUUUGGGGGAGAGAUCAACACCCCUAACAUUGACGGCCUCGCACGCGAUGGCCUCAGAUUUACGGACUUCCAUGCAGCAGCCGCGUGCUCCCCAACUCGAUCAAUGCUGCUAAGCGGCACGGACAACCGCAAGUGCUACAUUGCCGGCUUAGGAACGAUGAUAGAAGCAAUAAAAGAAUUCCAGAAGGGUCAGCCAGGCUAUGAAGGGUAUUUGAACGACCGAGUGGCGGCGUUGCCCGAACUUCUUCAAGAUGCCGGGUAUUUCACCCUCAUGUCCGGAAAGUGGCACUUGGGAAUGACGCCAGAUCGAUACCCUUCGAAAAGAGGAUUCGACCGCUCGUUCAGCUUGCUCCCGGGCGGAGCGAACCAUUAUGGCUGGGAGCCGCAAGUGCAAGAAGAGGUACCAAGUCUCCUUAAGCGGAAUGGUGCUUUCUAUGCUGAAGGUGACUCACCUGUGUCUGUGGGCGACCUGGGCCCAAAUUUCUAUUCUUCACAGUCAUUCACGACAAAGUUGUUGCAGUACUUCGAGGAACGGAAUGAAGACCAGAAGCAAAAACCCUUCUUUGCUUACUUGCCAUUUUCAGCGCCUCACUGGCCAUUACAAGCUCCGGAAGAGGACCGUCGGGAUUAUCGAGGCCUAUAUGACGAAGGUCCAGACGUGCUGCGACAACAGCGCCUCAGGAGACUCGAAGAACUUGGCAUCAUUACUCCCCAAACAAAGGCCCACGAGGUCUUUGCCCUACCACUCGACAAGCCGUUAAGCAAAGACUGGAGCGACUUGACCGCGGACGAGAGGAAAUUCUCAUCCCGGACGAUGGAGAUUUUCGCGGCAAUGGUACAGAAUAUGGACAAGAACAUCGGCCGUGUUCUUUCGUACCUCAAAUCAACCGGAGAGUACGACAACACCUUGAUCGUGUUCAUGUCCGACAAUGGCGCAGAAGGUUUGCUGUUGGAGGCAUAUCCCGUUGUAAACGAGAACAUCUUCGACUAUAUUGACCGAUACUACGACAAUAGUUAUGAGAAUAUGGGCCGGAAGAACUCCUAUAUCUGGUACGGCCCGCGGUGGGCAUCGGCAGGUAUGGCGCCACUCAGACUAUACAAGUCCUUUUCGUCAGAGGGUGGUAUCCGAGUACCUUUCAUCUUGCGGUACCCGCUAUUGACAGAUUCGCGGGCCGGUGAGCUUGAUCGAUCUUUUACAACAGUGAUGGACAUCGCGCCAACUCUUCUUGCACUUGCAGGUGCACAGCACCCAGGAGCAACCUACAAGGGCCGGCCUGUUGUGCCAAUUCGAGGGAAAUCGUGGUUGCCAUAUCUGUCUGAUCCGGCAAAGCAGCGAUAUAUCCACGGUGAAGACUCGGUUGUCGGAUGGGAGCUCUUCGAUCGGCAAGCUCUGCGAAAGGGAAUGUGGAAAGCUGUCAAGAUACCCCAGCCUUUUGGACCGGGGGAAUGGCAAUUAUACGACCUGGAGCAUGACCCAGGAGAAACCGUCGACUUGCGAGCAGCUCAUCCCGAAAAACUACAGGAGCUGUUACAACAUUGGAACCAAUACUGCAAGGAUGUGGGUGUCGUCGAUGCAGCGCCGCAAUUUGGUACCCUUCGAGUAGAUGAAGGCUAA